AUGCUCACAAGUGCUGCAAUUACUGCUUUGGUAACUCGAUCUCCAGAGUUUGAUAUUCCUCGAGUGCCUGUGGCUGGGCAUUCUACAGGGAGGACUACAGCUGAGCCUAGGCCACAGCCCCCUGGACCAGGACCACCCAAAAGACUAGUUAAGCUUAUUACCAGCAAAAGCCACAAGAUAAACCACAAUGAUUCUGGUAUGGCUUUUAAAAGGAAGGGAGCUUUCGGAAUGCAGGACAAAGAGGCUCCAUUAGAGCCAGGAAUCUCAAGCGAACGCGCUACCAGAAGUUUCUUGAACUCAGGCUUCAGAAGACAGGAAAGCAGCUCGUCUAGCUCAAAGUAUGUAGGAAUAAAUGAUCAAGACUUCAGGAUUCCAACGAUAGAAACUCGUGUGAAUUUGAUAGAUUCUUUAGUGAAUGAUGGCUCUGUUGAAGGUGAAAAUAAAGCAAACAUAGAAAAAUAUAAUUGGAAGGCUGAAAAAAACACAAAUAAUGAACAGGUCGUCAAAUUGGAGGACCUUGAGACCCCCAUUACGGAGGCAGAAUGCCACAGUCAAUUGGCAAUCGGCGACGUAUCUUUCUAUCUUCUACCUACUGUCAGCGAGUUUUGCCUUUUGGCGGCUGCCUUGCUCUAUGAGAUCGCUGGCCGCAUUGGCCAACCAAGUUAUAUUGAACUAUUCGAGGAAGCAGAAAUGCCGUCUGUAAGCAAGAAUAUUUCCUGCCUGUUGUUUGUGUCUUAA